AUGGCUGAAAGUCUGAGCACCAUGGAAGCAACAAAUCCAAAUACAAGCACUGGGCAGAACGGCAACACCAACCCAAUGUUAAACAUUCAUCACAAUCCAAAUCCAAAUGAUCAUACCCAUUCUUGCAGUCCCUACUAUAUUGGGGGAAACGACAAUUCAGGGGCAAUAUUAGUCACUCAUGUGCUUGACAACACCAACUAUUAUGCUUGGGCAAGGUCUAUCAAAAGGGUGCUUCGAAUUAAAAACAAACUCGGCUUCAUCGAUGGAAGCCUUCGUGAGCCAGCAUAUUCCAAUAAUUCUUUGAUGGAACAUUGGCUACGUUGCAACGAUAUAGUAAUUGCUUGGCUACAAAACACUAUGUCCAUUGAUAUUAAAUCUCGUACACUUUAUGCUAACACGGCUCGCCAACUCUGGCUGGACCUGGAGCAUCAGUUAGGACAACAAAAUGCCCUAAGAAUUUAUGAAGUAAAACAGUCCAUUGCUACCGUAAUGCAAAACGAAGACAUUGUAAGUGUGUAUUUCUCAAAAUAUAAGACACUCCUUGAUGAAUUGAUGAAUUAUGAGUCCAUUCCCAAUUGCACUUGUGGAGGUUUUAAAUCUGCCGUUGAGAACCAACAAAGAGAUUGGGUAAUGAAGUUUUUGAUGGGGUUGAAUGAUUCAUAUAAGGAAAUCAAGGCCCAAUCCUGCUGA